AUGCCCCAGAGUCCCAUGUCAAGCGAGGAGGAGAGGAGGAGUAUCUCCGAAUACCCUGGGGAAGAAUCGGACUCAGACAGCUCCAGAGAGGGCACAGUCCCUGGAGGGAAAAACAAUCCCACUGCUGCCACCAGCAAAAUUGGUCCUAAUCCGCUGUUAGCAUCCUCUGUAGCUGCAAGAAGGAUAAAAGAGAGAUCUAUGUCAGUUCCUGACGACUCCAAUUUCAGUAUGAUGGUCUUCCGAAUUGGGAUACCUGACUUGCAUCAAACAAAAUGCCUCAGAUUCAAUCCAGAUGCCACCAUCUGGGUUGCAAAGCAGCAGAUACUGUGCACCUUGAACGAAAGUCUAAAAGACGUCCUCAACUAUGGUCUCUUCCAACCAGCGACCAACGGAAGAGAUGCCAAGUUUUUGGAUGAAGAGCGUCUUCUUCGGGAAUAUCCACAGUCCUUUGAAAAAGGUGUUCCGUAUUUGGAGUUUCGCUAUAAAACAAGAGUUUACAAGCAGACUAAUCUCGAUGAAAAGCAGCUGGCCAAACUCCACACCAAGGCUGGCCUUAAGAAAUUCUUGGAGUACAUCCAGCAUGGAUCUGCAGAGAAAGUGGCCAGAUUAUUGGAUAAAGGCUUAGACCCCAACUAUCACGAUUCAGAAACAGGAGAGACACCCCUAACCCUUUCAGCACAGCUUGAGGGGACUGUGGAUGUCAUCAGGAUGUUGUGUCUUGGAGGUGCCCACAUUGAUUUCCGAGCACGAGAUGGAAUGACAGCUCUACAUAAAUCUGUAUGUGCUCGAAACUACAACGCCUUAAUGACACUUUUGGACCUUGGUGGCUCUCCAAAUUAUAAGGAUCGUCGAGGACUGACCCCUCUGUACCACACGGCCAUGGUAGGAGGCGACCCUCGGUGCUGUGAGUUGCUGCUUUAUAACCGAGCACUUAUUGGCACUCUGGAUGAAAAUGGGUGGCAGGAAAUUCACCAGGCUUGUCAGCAUGGGCAUUCACAGCAUUUGGAGCACCUUCUCUUUUACGGAGCAGAUCCUGCUGCCCAGAAUGCUUCAGGGAACACUGCUCUGCAUAUCUGUGCCCUGUACAACAAGGAAAGCAGCGCUCGGAUUCUUUUGUACCGCGGAGCGAGGAAAGAUAUAAAGAACCACAGUGGGCAGACACCUUUCCAGGUUGCUGUUAUAUCAGGAAAUUUUGAGCUCGGAGAAUUAAUAAAAAGUCACAGAGACACAGAUGUGGUACCCUUCCAGGAAUCUCCUUCUUAUGCUGUCCAUCGUAGAGAAGGAGGAAAAGCUCUCUCCGUACCCCAUGUUCUUCUUCGUGCCAACAGUGACAAUAGCCUUUCACUGCCUGACUGGAUGGUCUUCUCAUCUUCCACUGCCAACACUGUCACUCUGCAGGGACAAAAGGCCUCAGGGGGAACUUUACGCAGCUCCAGUAGCCCACGUGGGGCUCGAAGUAGAUCACCUUCAAGGGGUCGUCAUACAGAAGAAUCCAAGAAACAGCCACGUGGGCGUCCCAGUUCCAGCGGUUCCACUAAGGAGCCUUCUGGCAGCGGAACAGUAAAUCACCGCAUGAAACGGAAGCUGUAUUCGGCAGUCCCAGGGCGUACAUUUGUUGCCAUCAAACCCUAUCAGUCCCAAGGAGAAGGUGAAAUAUCCCUCAGCAAAGGAGAAAAAGUCAAAGUUUUAACCGUGGGAGAAGGAGGAUUCUGGGAAGGAAAUGCCAAAGGUCGCACAGGAUGGUUCCCUUCAGACUGUGUGGAGGAAAUAGCCACAAAACCCCAGGAAGGAAAACAAGAGAGCCGGAGCGAUAAAGCCAAACGUUUGUUUAGACAUUACACAGUUGGGUCGUAUGACAGCUUUGAUGCCCCAAGUGACUACAUUAUUAAAGAAAAGACGGUGCUGUUACAGAAGAAAGACAGUGAAGGUUUUGGCUUUGUGCUGAGAGGAGCAAAAGCACAAACCCCUAUUGAAGAGUUUACCCCAACACCGGCGUUUCCAGCCCUACAGUAUUUGGAAAGUGUGGAUGAAGGUGGAGUGGCGUGGAGAGCCGGGCUUAGGAUGGGAGACUUUUUAAUUGAGGUGAAUGGGCAGAAUGUUGUUAAAGUCGGACAUCGUCAAGUCGUUAACAUGAUUCGGCAGGGAGGAAACAACCUAAUGGUUAAAGUCGUCAUGGUUACUAGGAACCCUGAAAUGGAAGAUGCCAUGCGGAAGAAAGUGCCACAACAAACUAAGCGUGUUACUCCCCCUGCGAUUUCACUUCGAUCUAAAUCCAUGACAUCAGAACUGGAGGAGAUGGUUUCUCCCUGGAAAAAGAAAAAUGAAUAUGAGCCACCUCAGAAUACAGAGAAGAAGCGGACAGUGUACCAGAUGGCGCUAAAUAAGUUGGACGAGAUUCUGGCUGCAGCACAGCAAACCAUUAGUGUGAAUGAGAGCUCAAGUCCCAGUCCGCUGACUUCCCUUGGACCAUCAAGAACACCUUCAAAGGGAUUUUUCUCCUCCGAGCCAAGUUUUGGGCAGCAUAGAGUUCCGAGUUCACAGUCCGUGUAUGAGAGGUCUUCCUACCUGGCCUCUUCACCAUCCCAGGCCAUGAUAAUGCGCCAGAAGUCCAUUGGAACAGGUGAUGAUGAAAAGCCAUUCUUGUCUGCACCUCCCAUGAAGUUCAACCGUAGCCUGUCCGUGCCAAGUUCAGAAGAUAUUCCUCCCCCUCCUACGACUUCUCCACCAGACCCUCCAUACAACACUGCUCCCUCGCCCUCAGCCAGGGUCAGUCCAGUUAUGAGAUCUAACUUUAAUCAGAGUGGUGAGUCAAAACUCUUCUCACCUACAAUGCGACAGGAAAGUGGACUCUUUGAUCAGCAAAUUAUGGAGGCUCCACAGAGACGAGAAAAAAUGCAACUCUAUCAUCAAGACUCUGAACAGGGAGCAGAUGAACAGAUACGUAUGGGUAUCUCUUCGCAGGCAAACAUGAGAAGUUGGAGGUCGCAGGCACAAGAUAUGCGUUACUUUAAUCUUCCUUCCAGAUCAGCCAGUACUGCAAUGUAUGUCCCAGCAAAGGUAGGCCGUCGCAAAGGCCAGCUUGUAAAACAGGUUAAAAUAGAAAAUGAGCAACAAGAGCAAAAACAGCAACAGCAACAGCAGCAGUACCAGUCUCAUCACCCAUCACAGCAGUCAUCAAAAUCCCAUGAGAAGAGCUCAAUUCCUAUCCCCACUAUCAUCAUCAAAGCACCGUCUACUAGCAGCAGUGGAAGAAGUAGCCAAGGAAGCAGCAUGGAGGCUGAAAGUCAGCCAGAUCCAAUCCCGUCUUUACAACUACGUGAUAAUAUUGAUUUUACAAGUCAGUUUGGAGCAGCCAUUGUUGGUGCAGCACGGCGGGACCGUGAAUGGUUUAAUGAAGCUCGUAGAAAGUCAGCUCUCUUUCUUUCUACAGAUGAAGAUACUGAGCCCACCCCUGCCCCACGAUUAAAGCAUUCCAAAUCUAUUGAUGAGGGCAUGUUUUCUAGUGAACCCUACAUGCACCUUAAUGUACCAGCCAAUUUUGGAGUCCCUGUAAAUAGAGACAUUACUACUGGGUACGCUUAUCAGGCCAAAUCUAACAAGGCAUAUGGUCCUAGUACCACUAGCGCUUUUAGCACUGUGUGUUCCACUUUUAUACCGCAGUUACAAUCAUGUUCCAAUCCAGUGACAAUGUCUGGUGUAAGUUCUGGUGGAGGAGUAGGCACUCCACUCAUACAUCCUUUGACUGGUAAAAUUCUUGAUCCAAACUCUCCUCUUGGUCUUGCUUUGGCAGCCAGAGAAAGAGCCUUAAAAGAGUCACAGCAGCAUACUAGAAAUGAAAUAGAAGAAAGAAGAUCUCGUCCAUCGUCCCCAAGGUUUCCGGAGCAACAAAAGUCACCUCUUGAAUCACGUUGUGGCUCGCCACAUCGACUUUGGGAUUCAGGAUUGGCAAAAAAAAAAGAGUUGGAUUACAAACCCUGCAUGGUGUCUUCAAGUGAGAGGAAAUCAGAUGAAAGCUCUGGUCACCGAUCUCCUGCUCUCUUGCUACUCCAAGGGGUUGAACAAGGGAAGGUUUGGGAGAAAAGGACAGAAGGUACAGAGAAAAUAGAGCUGCAUGUACGAUUUAUGGAGAACUCCACUCAUAAAGAUGAGGAUGAGCACAGCAAAGUCUCCUUAGUUAAAGAAAAAAAAAAUGAACGCCCAUUAGCAAACACAGUGGUAAAUCAUCCUCCAUUAUCUAGCACAAAUCCUGAAUCAAAUGAAUCAAAUUCCAAAGAGAAUGGUCUCCCUUUGUUAGUCCUGCCUCCCCCAGCACCUUCUAUUGAUGUUGAUGAUGACUUUCUUUUUACUGAGCCCCUUCCUCCACCCUUAGAGUUUUCAAACAGUUUUGACAAACCUGAAUCUCCUCCAGGUGCAACAGGUGGAUCAUCCACCCUCCCACCUCCUGUGCCCCCACCACCUCCUGAUGCUAAUAACACUCCUGCUUUAGACUCUACAACCUCUAGUCUCACUUCUUAUGACAGUGAAGUAGCGAACUUAACCCAGGGGACACCAGAACUUAAAGAACCUCAUGUAAAUUUUUCAUCUGUUGUUUCAUCAAUCCAAAUUCCAGCUUCAGACACAAUAGAGACUGUGACUGAUUCUGGAAUUGAGGAGAUUGACAGUCGAAGCAGCAGUGAUCACCACCUGGAGACGAUCAGCAGUGUCUCUACAUUGUCCAGCAUGUCCGGCCUAUCAACAGAAGGAACAGAACUUCUGGACACCUACAUAACUUAUCUGGAUGGGCAAGCAUUUGGUGCUGAUAAGGCUGUCCACCAAAAUAAGAUUAGAUCCCGGACAUUUCCAAGUAGAGCCCCUGGAUUACUCAGGGAUCCCAUUACUGCCACAAGCACCACCAUUUCCAUAGCUCCUUGUACAGAAAACGUCUUUACUCUGACACCAUCCCAAGGGCCAUCAUUCAGUGCAACAUCAGAGGCAGCCAAGGAAGCUCAUCGGAAAUCUCCCACUCUUCCUUGGGAAGAUUACUCCCAGGAAAAAACCUCACCUGCCUCUUCAGUAAAAGCCAACAUGAUCACUGAGCUGAGCUCAAAACUCCAGCAUAUCAGUGGUGUGUCGUGGUCUAGGCCCCCAGAGUCAGCAGUGUCGUUUACAUCAGAAAGACCAACAUCUCUGCAGAGGCACAGGAUAGUUGAUGAUACGGCAGCUUCCUUGAUUUCUUCAAAACCUGUGAGCAGCUUGUUUCAUAACUGGCCCAAGUCUCCCCAGUCUGUUCCAAAGCACCCUAAAAGUGUGGAUUUUGACAUCCGACCGACUCUUCGACGAGCACCAAGUCCUUCAGCUUUGCCAACGGAGCACAAAAUAAGCCCAACUCCGCGUCCUUCAUCCCUCCCUAUCCUGCCUUCAGCCCCUGUCUACACGGGGGUCUUUGACCUAAGAGGUUCUCCAACAGCAGGAGGUGACUCUUUUCCCAGCUUCCAAACAGGCAGUCGGUCAUUAUCCCCUACACACUUCAUCCUACCACCUACAGAGAAGCCCUUUGCCUCUAAACCUCUUCACUUUUGGACAAAAUAUGAUGUGGCUGAUUGGUUGGACUACUUAAACCUUGGGGAGCACCGAGAACAUUUCCUAGACAAUGAAAUUGAUGGUAGCCACUUACCUUCAUUAACCAAGGAGGAUUACAUUGAUCUGGGAGUGACCAGGGUUGGUCAUCGAAUGAACAUUGACCGUGCUCUGAAAUUCUUCUUGGAGAGGACCAGCAAAGCAUUAUUUGAUAGAAGUCUGCCGAAACUGGCAAAAUGGAGCAGAGAGUGGAGAACCGUGCUAUGACGGGGC